CCGUCCGUCGGCGUUUACAGUCCGUCGGUUAUGGCGGAGUACGCGAAUCUAGUGCGGCGGGCCUUGGGUCAACUCGGCGGUCAUGGCGGUGUUAAAGGCCUCCUACUGCAGCUGUUCAGGGUGAAUGAUAUCAAGACAGGAGCCUUGGUGGGUGUUGACAAAUAUGGCAACAAAUACUAUGAGGACAACAAAAACUUUUUCGGCCGUCACCGAUGGGUGAUUUACACCACAGAGAUGAACGGAAAGAAGACUUUGUGGGAUGUUGAUGGUAGCAUGGUCCCUGCUGAAUGGCACCGUUGGUUGCACUGCAUGACAGAUUACCCUCCCACCACUCACCCUCCAGAACCCAAGAAGUUCCUUGCCAAGGUUCAUCAGUUCAACCUCAGUGGCACAUCAAACUGCUACGUGCCCUAUUCAACCACUCGCAAGAAGAUCCACGAGUGGAUGCCCCCAAAAGCCGGGGAGAAAUGAUCCCCCCCUCCUUUCACCAGUUCGGAACAAUCUGUACAUUGUAGCUUUAUAAUAAUCAUAAAUAAAUUAAAACAAACAUCUUU